ACAAACCCAUCGUUUCCUUCAGUUCGAAGGCGGUCCUGUUUUGUGGUCGCCGGACGUUUGUGUUCGAACCCGGUUUGCCUCCUCGAGGCCGUCACGGGGGCGAGGGUCCUGGGCACACGGGCCAGGCAUGCUCACGGCACGGACGGCUCUUUGGAGACGGCUCGGGGCGCUGCCCGGCACACACAGCGCUGCAAAUCUUAGCUCUAAAGAUGGAGAACCAGUGAAAUUUAAGCCACCGCCAAAGCCAAUAAUUAUUGAUGAAUCAAAAUCUCAAGCUGCACAACAAAAAUUUCUGAGUCCUGAAUUCAUCCCUCCCCGGCAGAGAACAAAUCCUCUCAAAUUCUACAUUGAAAGAAGAGAGAUGAUACAGAGGAGAAAAGUAAUGAAUAUACCAGAAUUCUAUGUUGGAAGUAUACUUGCUGUUUCUGCAGCAGAUCCCCACUCAAAUGGAAAGAGCAGCACUUUCGUAGGACUUUGUAUUCAGCGAUCAGGGAAAGGACUUGGUGCAACCUUCAUACUUCGAAAUGUAAUAGAAGGACAGGGUAUUGAAAUUUGCUAUGAACUUUACAAUCCCCUAAUCCAAGAGAUCAAGGUUCUCAAACUGGAGAAGAGAUUGGAUGAUAACCUGAUGUAUUUACGAGAUGCCCUUCCACAAUACAGCACGGUUGAUGUAAACAUGACAUCUUUGCCUCCUUCAGUUAAUGAAGAAGUUCCUGUCAAUCAGAUAAAGGUCAAGAUGAAACCUAGACCUUGGUCAAAACACUGGGAACAUCCAAAAUUCAAUAUCAAGGGCAUUGACUUUGACUUAUAUCUCUCUGAAAAAGACAAAGCAAGAGUGGAAAAAUGGAAAAUGCCUUGGAGAGAAUUUGAUAUGAUGCUGGAGUAUGAUACAUCAAACAUUGAAAAGUUAAUCUGGGAUGAAGUGAAUGAAGAAUUGAGAAAAAAGGUAUAGAAAGACCACCAGCAAUCAUUUUUUGUUGUUGCUUUAAUUCUGCAAUGUUUAUGUCAAUAAAUAAUUUUAAUUGUC